AUGCUCAAGGAGAUACAUCUUGACUCCAACAAUUUCAAAGAAAUUCCAAACGAGAUCAGCAGUUUAGAUCAGUUAGAGAAGUUGUUUGUGCAGCGGAAUGCCCUAGAAGGUGAUAUUAUUCAAGCCGGGCAGAUGAGAUUAAACUUGGGUGCUUGGGUUUAUUGCAUGUGGCAGGUGAAAUACCAGAUGAGAUUGGCGAUCCGCACAACUUACAGGGUUUGGCACUCCAUUAAUCAGCUCUCAGGUAGCCUCCCAGCAGACAUAGGCACUGGGAGUUCCAGACCUGCAACAACUUCCUGUAGGAGAUAA